AUGAGUCAGAGUGAGACUGAUGUGACGCAAACUUGCGCAUCAGAUGCGACUCAUCAACAGAUAGUUGUCUCCAAUAUGGCUGAUGAAAUACAUGGCAAUCCAAGUCAAAAUUUAGGAUUGCAUUCUACAACAUUAACAGUGGUAGUUAAGCUAGCCAUGGGAAUAAUGGUGGUGACAUGCAUCUGCAGCAUUGGAAGUGGUAUCUUCAGCAUAAAAGCAACGCAAGAUCUUAAUGUGCGUCUAAUAAAAAUCGACGUCUGCUUGCAUUCUUUUUCGAAUUUCAAAGUCGAUCGCAUCACAUCCAGAAUAAUGGCCACAAUUCCAUUAUUUCUAAUUUCUGCACUAAUAGAUAGGAAACUCUACGAUGCAAUGAAGACGGAAACUCCAGAGCAUCUGAACACUGAACCAUUGCCUAAAGAAAAUUUCAAUAAAACCCAUGUUGACCUAUUAAAAUCAUUUGCCGAUAACUACGAAUCAUUGGGCAAGUGUGUGGAAAUUUUUUCAAACACCUACGGCAUACCUAUGGUCUUCGUCCUGGCAUCCUGCGUCAUGCACAUCGUGGUCAAUGCAUAUUUUCUAUUCUUAGCGUCAGUGGAUAAAAAUAUUACUUGUCUUGUGUGCGAUCAGGCGAUGUGGAUUGCUUUGCAUGUACUCAAACUGCUGUUAGUAGUUGAAUCGUGCCACAUGGCAAACGCAGAGUCCAAGAAAACCAUUGCAAUUAUGUCCGAAAUCAGACGUACCUUUCAUGAGCCGCUACUGGCAGUGGAGAUAAAAAAGUUUUGGCAUCUGUUUCUGGCCAUUCAUGUAGAAUACUCGGCGCUGGGUCUCUGCGCAAUCAAUAGAAAUCUGUUGACGUCGGUUAGUUCAGCAAUCGCCACGUAUCUUGUUAUUUUAAUACAAUUCCCAGAAGUCAAGGAAAAAUUUACACCGGAAGGGUAUUGGGAUAUUAAUGGCUAA